UAAAUAUCAGCUGGAUGAUAUAUUGAUAUGCCAAAAAUGUGUGGAUGAUAUCUUUGUAUGGACUGAAAACAAGGUUCAAUAAUACUGGGAGUACUAGUUUGAGCACCCCUCUAUUAAUAUGUUUGAAUUUUAGUGACUUGGUGGAUCCGCAAACUGAGAUCGCCGCAGAAUUUUUUUUAUAAGAUUAAGUAUAAGUCGAAACUCAAGUCUCAGUACAGAGUCUGUAGUCUCUGGACAUGGAGUUGAAGUGGAACUAUGUUAUUUGGUCCAUUUUGUUCACUUUGAUGCCACUGAUAUGGCACUUGAGACGAAAGAAUAGUUACAGACGUUCCAAGCUUCCUCCAGGGCCUCGAGGCUGGCCAGUCAUUGGAAAUAUAUUUGAUCUUGGAGCUUUACCACACAGAAGUCUAGCUGCACUGAAAGAAAAGUAUGGUCCUGUUGUGUGGUUAGAUCUUGGAGCUGUCAAGACCAUGGUGAUUCUUUCUGCUGGUGCAGCCGAAGAGUUGUUCAAGAACCAUGAUCUCUCCUUUAUUGACCGGUUUAAUAAUGAUGUCAUGAGGGCAAAUGACUACUACAAGAGCUCUAUGGUAUUAGGCAAAUGUAGCCCCUACUGGCGCACCUUGAGGCGGAUCUGCACAGUUGAGCUCUUCAGUAAUAAGAGAAUCAAUGAAACAGUUUUAGUCAGGCAAAGAUGUGUCAAUAAGAUGUUGUCGUGGAUAGAAAAGGAAUUAGUAGAAAGUGCAACUGGUGAAAUUGAAGUAAAAAGUUUUCUAUUCCCGGCAAUAUUUAACAUGAUUGGAAAUCUGACACUGUCUAAAGACUUGAUGCAUCCGAAUUCUGAGAUGGCCUCUGAAUUUUACUCGGCCUUGUCAGGAUUCUCAGUAUGUUUGACAAGUCCUAAUAUCUCCGAUUUGUUUCCCUGGCUUAGAUGGCUUGACCUUCAAGGAUUAAGGAGGAGAACAGAUCGAGAGCUAAAAAAAGCAAUGAAAAUUAUUUCAGGGUUUAUGAGGGAGCGUGUGAAACAACAGCAACACAGGGAAGGAAGGGCAACAGAGCACAAGGACUUCUUGGACGUGGUGCUGGAUUAUGAGGGUAAUGGAAAGGAUGAACCAGCUAAACUAUCAGACCACCAAAUAACGAUCUUUCUAAUGGAAAUGUUUAUGGCAGGAACAGAAACAACAAGCGCCACAAUUGAGUGGGCGAUGUGUGAGCUCUUAAGGAAUCCUGAAUCAAUGAAGAAGAUCAAAGCGGAGCUUGGCAGAGUUGUGGGAGCAAACAAGGAACUGGAAGAGAGUGACAUUACUAAUCUACCUUACUUGCAAGCAACCGUGGAAGAAUCACUACGCUUACAUGCUUCAGUUCCACUCAUGGUACCAAGAAAAGCGGUCCAAGAUACGACCUUCAUGGGUUAUGACAUUCCAAAAGAUACACAAGUUUUAGUCAAUGCUUGGGCGAUUGGGAGAGACGAAGAGAGUUGGGAGGAUGCUUUGUCUUUCAAACCUGAAAGAUUCUUGGAGUCGAGUAUUGGGUACAAGGGCCAGAGUUUUGAGUUUGUACCAUUUGGUGCUGGGAGAAGAAUUUGCCCCGGUCUUCCUUUGGCUCAUCGUGUUCUUCCUCUCAUUUUAGGCUCAUUGCUUCAUCAUUUCGACUGGAAGCUUUGUGAAAGUGUGAGUGGUAGGAUAAAAAUGGACAUGAGAGAAACAAUGGGGAUAUCAGCAAGAAAACUAGUGCCCUUAAGAGCAGUUCUAAAACGAAUGGCUACAUGAUCAUCAUAAUAAUAUUUCAGUGAAGAAAACUCAGUAUGCUUUUUUAUCUGGAUACACUUUCCCUUGAUAAAUAUUGUAUUCCAAAUUGUCAUUUUCCCCUAAAUAAUGAAUUUGGUAUUUGGAUCUGUCGAUGAUCCAAAUUUGAAUUCUUGAAUAUCGUUUGCACUUUAGUUCCAUAACAUAUAUGGCAAGCAGAAGAUACUCAGUGCUAUGAUGCCAUUCAUGUACAGAGGAAUCGCGAGAGUUGUACUAUAAUUUCUGUUGGAAAAGAACAGAAAUGCCAGUAGGUUAAAAAUUGUUAACGUCCUUAUCUAUGACAUGCUAUGCA